CAGUAACUAACUAUAGUAGGCUAUCGAGAUCGAUCGACCAAUUGAUCUAUAGAUAGAUAGAUAGAUAGAUAGAAAGAUAGACAGAUAGAUAGAUUUGUGAAAAAUGUGUAAGUAAAUUAUUUACGACAAAUUGUACAUACAGCGUACAUGGACAAAAUUUUCAUCUUGCUUGUACUUUCACUUUCAACAUGUGCUUCAAAUGGUUACUCUUUAAAGUUAUUUUCGGCGUACAUUCCGGGAGAAAAACAAUUCCCUGAAUUUAGUAUAGUUACUGUUUUGGAUGACAUCAUAGUGGGAUACUACAAUUCAAUAGUUUACAUUCCAAGAGGAAAUACUACAAAUGAAGAUGAUGUUAUUGAAUCAGUAUACAUAAAUGAUAUAAUCGACUAUAUGCAUUACUCCUUUAAACGAAGAUCAUAUUUAUUAACACAAAACAACAGUUAUGAAGUUUACCAGACGCUGGUUCAAUGUGAGCUGCUGAAUACUCAACCUGGAAAGAUGAUCAUCAAAGAUGCUGCUGGAGGCUUCACAACAGAUGAGCUGACUUACAUUAACAACAACUUUACUUAUUUUGUUAAUGCAAGUUAUUCACAGGUGCUCCUCAAACCCCACUUGGAAGAAUUCAAGGAAAAUCUCAAGAAGAUUUUUUACCCAACAUGUAAAAGAACUCUUGAAAAUUAUCUUAAAACAAGAGCAGAUCAAAUCAGAAGUCUAAAAAAACCCAAUGUCAAGUUUGUUCGCAAAGCAAACACAGCAUCUGGAAGUUUUCAGGCAAUUUGUCUGGCAACAGGAUUUUACCCUCGACACAUCAACCUGACCCUGUUCAGAGAUGGACAGCCUGUAUCUGAUCAUAAGAUUACUGGAGGAGAUCUGCUGCCCAAUGAUGAUGGGACGUACCAGAUGAAGAAGAUCCUGAAGAUCAGUGAAGAAGAAAAGAAAGAGAACCGCAAAUACACCUGCACUGCCACACAUCUCAGUCUGGACAACAAACUGGAUGUUAAGCUGACUGAUAAUUUAGAUAAUGACCAUUAUCUAUUUUACAUCAUUGGAGCUGUUUGUGUUGUUAUGCUAUUGACGUUUGCCAUUAUUUUGGGGAUCUGGCGGAAAUGGAGACAGGGAGGUGAAUAUGAUUUAGCUGAAGCUGAAGAAUACAGUUCUGAGGACGAAGAACUAUAAUUUAACGUCUUCAUCAACAAAAUUCUUUCAUCUACUAAACAUCAGGAUUUUUAUGAAUGUGCUGCAUUUGGACAUUAAACCAUCACCUUAACUCUGAGAGAUCACUGCAAUGUGCAAAUGGUGUGAAACAAACAGUAAAAGAUAAUGUGUUUACAUUAGUAUUUCCUGAAAGCUGUAUUUCAAAUAGGAGGACUGCCCUAAAAUCUGACCUCUACUCAGGAUGACCUACAAGUACUUUACG